GCAGGUUCUGCGCCUGCGCAUCCCUCCAGAGCGCGCGUCUUGCCGUAGGGCGGUCCUUUCUGACGUGAGCCAAGAAACAUGUCUGGUUUCCCCCUGCCAUCUGAUCUUCACAAACCUUCCUGUAAGGCAUAACAGGAUGGCUCUGAAGAAAAAAACCUUCCUUUUUAUUAGAAGAAGUAAGUCACAGAAAGGGCCAGUUUAGAAGAGGCCUUCCUUCCUAUACAGGAGAAAAGACAGAAUGUUUCUUGUAAAAAGGCACCUGUCACCUGCAGGUUUGGCGAGCCUGAGAUCUCGGAUCCCCAGCAGCAACUGCGCCUCGGGGUGUUGCAAAAGCUCAGAGUUCACCGGAGAACCCCCCUGGCAUUACACCUAGCCACCCGGGAAGGAGGAAGGCUUCGGGAUCUGUGUGUUGCAUACUUAAAAACUAUACCCCCCCUCCUGACAGAGACUUGAGAAACAAGAUCCUCCCUUGAUGGUGACGAUGGCCGGCUACCUGGAUGAAUUGGACAUCACGCUGGUGGAGGAAGGCUUCACCACCAAGGACCUCCUGGAGAAUCUCCUAACGGAGGCUUUCCAGACGGGCAACCGAGAGGCCUUCUUUGUGGCAGAUCUUGGGGAUGUGGUGAAGAAACACUUGCGCCUUCUCAAGGCUUUGCCCCGGGUGAAGCCCUUCUAUGCUCCAAAGUGUAACCGCAGUAAGGGAGUGGUCCAGAUGCUGGCAAGGCUGGGGGCUGGAUUUGGAUGUGCCAAUAAGCCAGAGCUAGCACUGGUGAAAAGCGCCGGAGUCCCAUCAGACAGGAUCAUCUGCACAGGUCCCUGCAAGCAGAUCUCCCAGAUCAGGUAUGCAGCCAGCCAAGGGGUGCAGCUGAUGACUUUUGAUAAUGAAGUGGAGCUUGGGAAAGUAGCUUGGAGCCACCCAUCUGCCAGAAUGGUUUUGAGCCUAGCGACUGAUGAGUCCAGGUCCUCCUGCCGGUCGAGUAUGAAGUUCGGCGCCACGCUUAAAUCCUGCCGGCAUCUGCUAGAGACUGCAAAGGACAUGAAUGUGGAAGUAGUCGGAGUCAGCUUCCACAUUGGAAGCAGCUGUACCGACCCUCAGAUCUUCACUCAAUCCAUAGCAGAUGCUCGCCUGGUCUUUGAAAUGGGUGCAGAGCUGGGCUACAAGAUGCGCCUCUUGGAUAUUGGAGGUGGAUUUUCUGGUGUGGAAGAGGCCAAAGGAUGCUUUGAAGAGGCAACAACUGUUGUCAACUCUGCCUUAGACCUGUAUUUCCCAGAAGGCUGUGGGGUGGAGAUAAUUGCAGAACUGGGACGCUACUACGUGGAUUCGGCCUUUACCUUCGUGGUCAACAUUGUUACCAAGAAGGACGUUCCCUUGCAUCAACCAGGCUCCGAAGAUGAGGAUCUCAGAGGCAAGAAGAGCUUCAUCUACCACUUGAAUGAUGGCAUCUAUGGCUCCUUUGGCUCUGUCCUCUUCAACAACAUGUGCCCCAUCCCAAUCCUGCACAAGAAGUCGUCUCCUGAUCCCGCCUUGUACAGCAGCAGCCUCUGGGGACCUACUGGGGACAGCCUGGACUGCAUCGCAGAGGGCUUGGAACUCCCCGAACUGCAGAUUGGAGACUGGUUGAUCUUUGAGACCAUGGGGGCCCACGCUAGACCAGCUGCCUCCUCCCUCAGUGGAGCACAGCCAGCACGGAUCUACUAUGCCAUGUCCAGGGUGGCUUGGGAAGCCGUCCGGCUGCUACAGGGGAAAGUGCUGCCAGCGGAGGAGGAAGACCGGGAGAGCACGUGCACCCCGCUGUCUUGCGGCUGGGAGAUCACGGACGCCCUGUGCAUCGCCCCCAUCUUGACUCCAGAAAGCAUCAUGUAAGCCGUGCCAUCGGUCACCACGGGGGGGGCAGACCCUCCUCCCGACAGAUUCCUGCCACACUUCCUCUUCCGACAGCCUUCCUGCCUCCUGCUUUUUCUGCCCUUGAGUAGGGGCUGUUCCCCCCCCCCCCAAUGCUGUGUGGUUUUUAAG